UCCAUUAUUUCCAUUAUUCCCACUGCUAUCAUUAGACAAAGAUGCUCAGCUGUUUCUCUUCCAGACGACGUGGCGUGUUUCUACGGUGUAUGUCGCUACUGCAAAAAUACGAAACCCGUUUGCGCGACAAACGGGGUCUUGGAGGGGGUCGUUAUAUUAUGGUUUCCGGAUCACCUUACUGUCGUUAAAUUACUCCACCCUUGGAGGUCCGGAUUUAGGUGGGAAACAGACGCGAAUUACUGUGAAAAACUCAUGACGGAGGAACAGCCUUCGAAGAUUUUAGACUUCAUCGACGAGUCCGUGUUUGACUUCCUCAUCCAAAACGGCAUUAGAUACCAUGCUGUGUAUGUCCAGGAUGCGCCAAAUUCUUCACUUGUACCCAUGGACAAUGGCAAGAGCCUCGGCGAUCCCAGAGUCGACCACAUGGAUCUUCUGGCGCCUUUACUACAGUGUUGCAGGAUACGCCGGGCCACGUACGACAGGCUGGUCCUCCUGAGUGGCGGUGGAAUGUCCAGGGCACUUCGAGAGGUCCUCGCCUACGACCCGGUCUCCCCCGUGCUCUCCGACGCUCACCUCCAUGCCAUAGACCGGCGCGUAACCCACGUCCUGGCCGCUCUCAGUGCUUGUAGCGAGAAGGAGGGUGGAUGGCAUAAUGUUCUUUCUUAGCAGGGUAGAUAGUAAUAACUUGUCUGUUGAGGUCGUGAGCACUAUAUAUUUUUAAAUGUGUUUGUGAGGCUUGAGGCAGUAUGGUUAUGGAUAUUUCAGACUAAACUUUUUGAAGCGAAUGGGACAUUUUUGAAGAUUAGUAGCAUCUUAGUUGUACUUGAUCUCUCAUAUGCAUAUUUCAGUUCUUAAUUAAUAUUGCAAUUAUUUCUGUAUUAGAUAUUAGAGUUAGGCGUAUAUUUCCUUAAUUCAGAGCAGCGACCUGCUCCACCUACAGCACCAUCGGGAACAAUAACACAACCCGCCCGAAAGGUAUGUGGAUUCGACAGUGGCGCCAUCUGUUGAAGGUGACAGUCCAUAGGAAAACAACAAUUUGCUGAAAAGUACGCCCUUACAUACUGAGGCGUGUUAAGUAACGAGUCCAACGGCAGCUAAGAGAAUACAGACUAAAACUAAUGUGUGAAUGGAAGCAUAAUCUAAUAAAAGAAUAAACAAUAAAUCAACAAACUUAUUCAAGUAAACGAGUAAACAAGUAAAAGGUGCAAAUAAACGAGUAAAACAGGUGCAAAGGCGACUAAAACAACAACAAGCAGCAAACAAAAACACGAUUUUGAGCUUCCAUUUACAACAUCACAUACCGGCGAUUCAUCAAAGAUAUCGAUAAAGAUUACCAUUUCUUUUUAACUUUGAUAUCUAAGAAAAUAUCUGAUUCGUAGUUCUUAUUUGCACGUGGCGUAAAAAU